CUCCUUCCUGUGCUGCUGCUCGUCCCGCAUACAGAAAGUUGGCAGCCAUUAGCUUCUAUUGAUCGAGGUGGUUUAUGUUUGGUCGUGUAAAAGCUUUACCCUGCAGAAGCGAGCAGAGUAAGCGGGUUUGCAGUGUGCUUUGUGCUCGUUAGUGUACACAGCAGUGCAGUGAGUGCACAGUGGACGAGGCGGAGCCGGGAGCCGAGCCGAGUCGAGUCGAGUCGUGUCUCUCGGCUGUGUUCGGCUGCAGUCGGGCGCCGCUGUGCUGAAUCAGAUGGACGCAGGCGAAGUGGCGGCGGUGAAACGGCUCGGGUUUGCCGGAGCGGAGGAGGAGAAGGCCGGGGGACUGGAGGAGGAAGAAGAGGAGGAGGAGGAGGAGGAAGAGGAAGAGGAGGAGGAGGAGCGCUCCGAAAGCGAGCCGGAUGAAGCCGAAGUGAGCACGAUGCCCUGCAUGGCGGAAGCGGCCAACAUCGCCAUAGCCGAGUCCCUGCCGAACACAGACGACGGCGAAGCGCCGUUUGCGGAGGUCACAACGGUUACUGUCAGUGAUGUCCAGAAUGCAGAUGACAACGUUUUCUCAACAUCCGUUGCCACGGCAGCCUCCAUCCCUGAACAUGUGCUUACAGGUAGAACCACGCUGCAGAUCGGCGACAGUCUCAGCACGCAGAAGGCAACCCUGAUUGUCGUGCACACGGAUGGGAGUAUAGUAGAUGCCACGGGCCUGAAAGCCACGACAGCACCCAUGACGCCAGGGCCUCAGACUCCCUCCACACCUCUGACUCCGAGUCACGAGAAAGAUGUGAGCAAGUAUAACUGGGAUCCGUCCGUGUACGAAAACGAGCUGCCCGUGCGCUGCAGGAACACCAGCGGUGUCCUCUACAAGAACAGACUAGGUUCAGGCGGCAAAGGACGUUGCGUCAAAUACAACAAUAACUGGUACACUCCGACGGAGUUCGAAGGGCUGGCCGGAAGAGCCAGCAGUAAGGACUGGAAGAGGAGCAUUCGUUAUGCUGGGAGGCCUUUACAGUGCCUUAUACAGGAGCGCAUCCUCAACCCCCAUGCUGCCUCUUGUACAUGUGUGGCCUGCUGUGAUGAUCUAGCUGUGAACAAGGACGGAUCCUUCGGAGGCGACAGCAUAUCUAUGACCGGACCCGUGCGACUCUUUGUCCCUUACAAGAGGCGAAAGAAAGAGAGUGAGCGCCCGGCAUCUCCAGAGAAAAAGGAGGAACCGUCACCCAAGAACAUUACUCUAGCACCUGGGGCCGCAUUCACCGUGACCCCAUCAGGUCAGCUCACCACUACAGGCACACUGACCUUUGAUCGAACGGCAACUGGAGACGCGACGACCAUCAUUUCCGACAGCCCUGCCGCUUCAGAUGUCUUCAGCAGCACAGCAGUGCUGACCACGCUGCCGGCGCUGACCGUCAUCCCUCAGCAGCCCAUCUUACAGGCUAAAGGUCCCUCCGCAGCCGCAAUGGCCAACGGCUUGGAGACGAGCGAGCAGCGCACCUGGCUGUACCUAGAGGAGACGGCCAACACGCUACUCAACACUGUCCAGCAGCUCAAAGCACUCAUCGCCCAGGCCAAACAGGCCAGCCAAGCCAGCAGCAGCCUGGAGAAAAGCAACUGCAGCAGGAAGGAUUCUUUUCCCAGCCAACUGUCGCUGACUGAUGACACAGAGGGGAAGAUUACUGAAAUUAUCAUCAAGCAUACCUGUGUGAACUGUGGGCGUGAAGCUUCCAGCGAAUGUGCAGGCUGCCACAAAGUCUACUACUGCUCUAGCUUCUGCCAAAAAAAGGUUAAGCUGCCUCUUCAGUCCUAUUCAAUAAAACAAGGACUGGAAGGAUCACCAGCACAGUUGCUCUCAGCCCAGUGUAGCUGUGGGAGUUCAUGACGAGGCUCACAUAGCCAGCAUGGAGGUAGAGAAAGUCAAGGCAUAGCCCCGAUAUGGACACAUGCAACGGUCUUGGAAUAAUCCCACCCUCACCCUCUGUGAUGUAGAAAUACACUAUAAGGCUAAAAGUAUGUACUGUCGAUGGCUUACCGUCACGAUGAUAUUUGGUGCUUCUACAAACCAUUGCCACAAGGCCAGAAGCACACACUUGUAUAGAAUGUCUUUGUAUGCUGUAGUCUUACAAUUUCCCUUCACUGGAACUUAGAGGCCCAAACAUGUCCCAGCAUGGCAACGCCCCUGUGCACAAAGCGCGAGCUCCAUGAAGACAUGGUCUGCCAAGGUUGGAGUGGAAGAACUCCUGCGCAGAGCCCUGACCUCAACCCCACCGAACACCUCUGGGAUGAACUGGAACGCCGACUAGUAAACAUGACCGCGGAUGAGGACUAAAUCUGGAACGGGAUGUUCAGCAAGCACGUACGGGUUUGUCGGCGAGGCGUCCACAAACUUUUGGCCGUAUAGUGCAGGACACAUUUGUGUGCAACAUUCCUGGAGGAGCAUAACGCCAGAGACUGAAAUGAAACAUCUAUGCAAGAUUAGGAAACAUGGAGCUGCUCUUGUAGACCAUGGGACGUUGUGUGCGAUUCUUAUCACGCAUGACUUAACACACACACGCAAAAAAAGAUUACCGUGAUUAAAAAUAUAGAUGUUGUGAAGUCAUGAAAACGAAAGCAUGAUGUCAUUUUGUGAAGCAAGAGCCGAGCGAAAAGCGUCACGGAGCACGAUGAUGCAUAUGCGACUUUAUUUGUUUAUACACUGCACGUUUGACGAAAUGAAAUGUGAUAUACGUCAAAGUGUCGUUCGAUGAGUAACGGCUACUGUCAUCGAAUAGUACUGAUUGGCUUGAAUUCACCCAAAUGUCCACACUGACCAACAGACACCAGCAUGCAGAUUUACAUUUACUCCAGUCUCCAUUGAGCACUUGAAUGACGGUUGAAGUACCACAUGACAAACUACUUUACGAAACAAAACGGACGUCCAAAAGGGUCAAAAAAUGACAUUUACUUUGUGUGUGUGUGUGUGCUCGCGCUGUGUGCUGUCUCUCAUGCAUCGUGAACUACCAGGCUAGGCUAGCCUAAAAUAACCCGGCAGCAGAGAUUAUUUUAUCCUUAUUUGGCUGCUUGUUCAAAUCGACUCGCACUUCUGUAAUUAGAGAACUGAAUAUAAAUUAUAUAAACAAACGCAAAACCACAUUUAGAGCUGCUCUAAUUACUCCAGUACAUACAUUAUUACGGUAUUAUAGUGACUAAAUGAAGUGGAACACGGUUUUUCACCAGGCUGCACAACUCACCAUGUGACCUCACGUGGCCAUCUUUCUGCUUUUUCAUCUUUGCUGAACAGGACCGAACAAGUACGUCUGUCUCGAUGUGUUUCAGGCAGCACGCUAAAACAUGCAAAACUGCACAUCUGACCUAAUAAGAGGUUUUUCCUUGCGCUACUGGAAGGCGCAUCGUUUUAGAGUUUUGCGUGUGAUAUGCGUUAUCAUCCCCAUAACACCCAUACUCAUCAGUGAGCAUGAAGGAAAAAAACUUGCAUGUCAUAUUUCCAGCACUGGCGUUCUGUUAUUAUUCAUAACCACAGGUUAAAUUGAAUGAUUAUUGAUUUCAAUAAGAAACAGCAGACUGUCCUACAGAUCUCUAGUAGCGAGGUUUCAAACCGUUUACACCGCAUGACACGUACAAAUGACUAGAAUUGUCUACGACAGGCAAAACUGAACAAAAAAUCGUCCCGCGCGGGAUACUUAUCGCCUGGAUAUGAGGGUUUGCGGCAGAGCGAAAUAUGUGGUUUUGAUAGCAAGACGUUCUGGAUUUAUGGUUUUCAUUUUGGAGGCUGGGAAACGGGGCUUGUUUUCAAGAAAUAGACUAUUUUAUAUUAAAGCUGAAGUCCAGUCAGGGCUUGCAUAAACGGGCGUACUCAUAAAAUGUCACACUAGGCGAAACCUGGCUUGUUUUAGCAAGCAUCAAUUUAGCUUUUUCAAACGGGCUAGAUUGAUCAAUUUUAGAUUUUUUCCGAUUAACCUUUAGCUCUCAGCGUUCAGUGGUAUUUAUGAUUCAUGUGCUUCAUUUUUCUCCUGUCUCUGGCAGAAAAUAAAUAUGAUGUU